AGACCCGAUGAUCGACGUGGGUAGUGUCUGGGGGGAGGGCCAGCCUGCCUUGUCUGCCGAAACCGAAAUUGGAAGGUGAUCAACCUCUUCUGGUCCUUUGGUAUCGACCAUUCAGCAGUUCCCUGCCCAUUUACAGUUACGACGCUCGUGUGGGAGACUUCUCCAGCGGCGUCAGGUGGUGGGACGAAGUGGUCCUGGGCAGGAGGGGCUAUUUCGUGCCCUCCACCACGCCCUCGCUGGUGCUCGAACCCGCCCAUGCCCACGAUCAGGACGUCUACACGUGCAGGAUCGAUUACCGCGUUUCGACGUCCACGACAACCAGGGUCAAUCUCACGGUCGUCGUGUCCCCUGGCCCCCCUGUGGUGAUGUGGGAAGGCCGAGAGAUGGUGGGGACAGUAGGACCCCUGCAGGAGAACCAACUGACGGAGCUGACCUGUAGGAGCGUGGGAGGGAGUCCUGCGCCUUCUCUCACCUGGUGGAAUGAAGGAAGGGAGCUCCCCCUCCUGCUCUCUCAUUCCUCUUGGGAUCCUGUGACAGGAUCGAGUGUAGUCGAAGCCUCGCUGUCAGUCACAGCCAAAAGGGAACUCCAGGGUGGAUCUUUAACUUGCUACGCCCACACGCCCGCACACCUCAACGCCUCGGAGGGUGCCAUAAUUCCCCCACGGAGUGCCUCUGUGUCACUCAAUAUCACACUCUCCCCAGUCGAAGUCAGGAUACUGGAACCAGAUCCUAUCGUAGCAAUGUCGGGGUCUACGGUAAGCGUCGUGUGUCGCGCAUUAGGAUCUCAUCCUCCGGCGGACCUCUCUUGGUGGAAGGAUAGAAAGUCCUUGGAACCCCACGUCACUCACGCCAUACAAGACGGCGGCAACAUCACGACAGCCACUUUGACCGUCGCUGUGACGGGAGCAGACGACGGGACGACUGUCACCUGCACAGGUGUGAAUCCCGCCCUCUCCAGAGAGGAGGAGCCUCUGUCAGACAGGAGAAAGCUCACUGUCUUCUACGAGCCCAUCGUGGAGCUCACCCUCGGGAGACCUCUGGAGGCCGACAACAUCAAGGAGGAGGACGACGUCUACUUCGAGUGCCACGUCAAAUCGAACCCCAAGUCUCACCGCAUCGAGUGGUACCAUAAUGGUGAGGAAAUCGGGCAGAGGGUGAGGGCGGGAGUCGUCCUCAGCAGACAGUCGCUCGUCCUCAGGGGCGUCGUCAGGAGCCACUCGGGAUCUUACACCUGCGUCGCCACCAACGCCCACGGCCGUUCCGUCAGCAACACCUUUUUGCUGACAGUCCAACAUGCCCCCAUAUGUGCAGGGUCAGCAGGUCGAGAGACCCUAGGGGCAGCUCGAGGGACAGUGGUGAAGGCCAGGUGCACAGUGGAGGCCGAGCCUUCUUCCAACUUGGUCUGGUCCUGGGUGCGGAAGAGGACUGACGGCAGCGAGGAGAUCCUGUCCUCGGACAAGUACAUCAUCGAGGGACUGACGUCGACCCUGACGGUCGUGCCUGAGAGGAGGGAAGACUAUGGUCGACUGCUCUGCAGGGCAACGAAUAACGUCGGCCGUCAGAAGGAGCCAUGUACUGUCAACCUAGUCCCAGCCGGCCCACCUGAUAUACCCACCAAUUGCUCGGCCACACAUGUCAACCCUGAUGCUCUUAAACCAGCCAUUGCUGUGGCCUGCUUGGAGGGAUUUGAUGGAGGGCUGCCUCAGAAUUUCCUGCUGGAAGUGUGGCAAGAUGGUCUGGUUCUUGCAAAUAUUAGUAGUGAGUAUCCCGAGUGGGUGGUCAGUGGCAUGGAGUCCGGGAAAGGGGUCAUUCUGAACAUCGUGGGUCAUAACAUUCGAGGCCGAAGUGACCCUGUCACCAUGAAGGUUCAGACUAGCAGUGCCCAACAUACAGCAGCUCCAGUACAAGAAUCAGCCAUAGAGGUUUCUCCAGGCAUCGGUGCUGCCUUGGGAGUUGUGGGGGUGAUUCUGGUGCUGCUUUUGUCUGUGAUAGUCAUCAUUAGAAGGUCCUACACUUGUCCCAGGAAACCAGUUGGUGGGAAGACACCGGCUUCCUCCUCCCCUACUGAAGGAUUAGACCUUGAUGUUGUACAGUCUAUAAAACACUUGGACGUUGUCUCGUGUGUCCAGGAGGAACACCCUAAAGAGGAACUACUAGAUCCAAUGUUUGUUUACUCCACGCACAUCUACCCUCCUGGUGACAGAGAGGGGACAGAUGAAAAUCAUGCAUCUACCGAUGAAGAUAUUGGAAAUGUAGUUCUUCUGACUGGCAAGGUACAAAGACAUUUGUCAAAGUCACCUCGGCAACGUCGACUGUAUGACACAAAUAGACAAAGGAUGAACCUAUCCCAUGAUCAAAGUGAAGACUCAGGAGUGUCUGAAUCAGAAUCUGACAAUGAAAUGGAAAUGGCUGGAGCAGAGGAGAGGCCAUCUUUAUCCUGUUCCAUAGGUGAAUCAGAUCUACCUUGCAUUGCCUUGCCUAUAGACAGAGUUGUGAGAUCACCAGAAAAGGCGUCAUCUCUGGAAGACUCAGGAUACAAGCAUUCUUCCUCCUUCAUAGAUACGACCACGACUUGCUUGUCUAUGAAACUCUUAUAUGAGACUCCUGAAGAUGGUCAUCGUAAUUCAAGGAUAUCACAUGAAGGCGUUCCCUUAACCAUUCCUUUGAGGGAGAUGCCAGAGGACCUUUCUUCCCAAGAAACACACUUUCAAUUAAGCAAGAGAGGGCCACCUGCUCAGGGAGAAAUUCCAUCCCCAGUUGAGGUAAUCUGCCUCGCUGUUUCGCCAACAAAGGUCAGUCCAGUCACUAACAAAGGCCAGAUGCCUCCAAAAACGAAGAGUGUGCAUCCCUUACCACAGGGUGAAACAAUACUGAAGUCAGAGCAUCCAAAAAGAGAUCCAUCAAGAAUUCUUAGCUUAAACAGGAUUGAAACCGGAAUGCCAGUCACUUUGUGCAAGGCAGACAAUGGAGAACUUCUUUUACUGCCUAGAAAACCUGACUACGAAGGAACUGGGAUACAGUUGAUUACAACUCCAGUUUACACAAUAACAACUCUACCAAAAGCUUUAGGAAAGAGAGAGAAAGCCAGCCAAAAGAAAAGACCUAGCCAGAAGUUGCCUACAGCCAUAUCCACUAAUAAAAGUCUUGGUGCAAAACAAGUUAGUCGUAGGGAUUAUACUCCUUCUGCACAUCCUGAUGUCUGCCGGAGAGAAAGCUCAGUGUAG